AUCUUUCCUCCUUCUUCCUACAACAACCCUUCUAAUUCUUCAUCGCCGUUUUCUCUUUUUUUCGGUUCUCGUUAUUUUGAGACCGAUUUCUAACUCUUCCCGACACUCAUUUACAACAAAUCUUGCUACUACGAUCCGAUCUUUGCGACAGGCAAAAAAAGGGGUUUCCAACUCGCUUCUCGACACUCAUUACACACUUUGUUCUUUUUACUAGCCAUUUGAUACACAACACACAAUGAAGUACUCUGCCGUUAUUGUCGCUGCGGCGGCUGCUGCUGCCAGCGCCAAGCUCGAGCCCAUCACCAUGAAGGGUUCCAAGCUCUUCUACACCAACGGAACCCAGUUCUUCAUGAAGGGUGUCGCUUACCAGCAGGACUCUGCUGCUGGAGGUGAGAGCACCGGUAAGAAGACCUACGUCGACCCUCUCGCCGACGAGAAGGCUUGUAAGCGCGAUGUCCCUCUCCUCAAGGAGCUCGGUACCAACAUCAUCCGAACCUACGCCAUUGACCCCACGGCCGACCACUCUGCUUGUAUGAAGCUCCUCGAUGACGCCGGUAUCUACGUUAUCUCUGAUCUUUCCGAGCCUUCCCUCUCCAUCAACCGAGACGACCCCAAGUGGGACAUUGAGCUGUACCAGCGAUACGUUGACGUUGUCGACGAGCUCGGCCAGUACGACAAUGUUGUCGGUUUCUUUGCCGGUAACGAGGUUUCCAACAACGUCUCCAACACCCAGGCUUCUGCCUUUGUCAAGGCCGCCGUCCGUGACACCAAGAAGCACCUUCAGAGCAAGUUUAAGCGCUGGCUCGGUGUCGGUUAUGCCUCCAACGAUGAUGUCGACAUUCGUGAGGAUAUUGCCGACUACUUCAACUGUGGCGAAGACGAUUCGCGCAUCGACUACUGGGGUUACAACAUCUACUCUUGGUGUGGCAAGAGCAGCAUGAAGGACUCUGGUUACGCCAACCAGGCCGAGUUCUUCAAGGACUACUCCGUCCCCGUCUUCUUCGCCGAGUACGGCUGCAACGAGCCCGAUGGUGCUGCCGGCCGUAUCUUUGACGAGACCACUGCUCUCUACGAGGAGAAGGUCAUGACCGAUGUCUUCAGCGGUGGUAUCGUCUACAUGUACAACCAGGAGGCCAACGACUACGGUCUGGUCAAGAUUAGCAAGAACGGUGAUGCUGUCAAGCUCAAGGAUUACUCCCAGCUCCAGAAGAAGGCCAACGCUGCCAACCCCCAGGGUGUUGACAAGGACGACUACAAGCCUACCAACGACAAGGCCGCCACUUGCCCUUCGCAGUCUAAGAGCUGGAAGGCCAACUCUGCCCUCCCUCCUGUCCCUGACAAGACUCUCUGCGACUGCAUGGUCAAGAGCCGAAGCUGUGUUCCCGCCGAUAACCUCAAGGCUAAGGACUUCAACGAGAUCUUCGGUUACAUCUGCGGCCAGAACAAGAAGAUCUGCACUGCCAUCAACGCCAAUGCUACUGCUGGUAUCUACGGUGCCUACAGCAUGUGUGACAACGAGUCCAAGCUCGCUUACAUCCUCGAUGCCUACUACAAGGACCAGAACAGUAACGCCGACGCCUGUGACUUCAAGGGCAAGGCCACCACCCAGAAGGCUCAGAACCAGGACUCUUGCAAGACUAAGCUCGAGUCUGCCGACAAGACCAACGAGGAGGUUGCCACUGCCACCGCUGCUGCUGGCGCUGCCUCUACUGAUGGAUCUGACUCUAGCAGCAAGGACGACGAUGAGUCCUUCGGUCUCGAGUCCGCUACCAUUGCCCGUGCCUUCUCCGUCGGCAACUACGCCGUUGGCGCCUACAUGGCUGUCGCUGGUGUUGUCGGUGCCGGUAUGGUCCUCCUGUAAGCCAUGUUUUUAGAUGGAUCAUUCUUGGUAUGACUUGGAGCUUCUUAGCGGUGGCCUUUUUGGAAUGCGUUAUUCCCCCUUUUGUGUGUCUUUUUUCUUUUUGUGUAUCUAGCAUCGCCGGUGUUUACAUGGCUUGUAAUUAGAACGACAUUAGAUGUCUAAUACCAUCUUGCGCGA